AUGGCAGGAAUUGAUACUGAAAGCAAGUUGACAUGGAAAUGGUUCAUGACCAUUCUGAAAGAUGAUCUUAAUCUAGUAAAUGGUUCCCAGCUAACUAUCAUUAGUGAUAUGCAAAAGGGACUAAUAGCUGCUGUAGAUGAACUAUUUCAAGAAUAUAACAACAUUGCAGAGAGUUUCAAUUCUUUGAUCUCGGGACCUAGGAACAAGACCAUUGUAACUAUGUUGGAAGAAAUUAGAGUCAAGGUGAUGAGUAGAGUGAGUAAGUCAAGAGCAUUUGCUCAAACAUGGACAGAUGGAAUAUAUCCAAUGGCAACGAUGGUAUUCAAUACAAAUGUAACAAGAUCAAUGCAGUGCAACAUUGAAUGGAAUGGUGAUGUUGGAUUUAAAGUGUUAGAAGGGGUAUACAAGCAUACUGUGAACUUGGGUCAACAAAAAUGUAGUUGCAGAUCAUGGGAAUUAAAAGGUAUCACAUGUGCAAAUGGUAUAGCAGCAAUGAACCACUUGAACAUGGAUGCAUCACAAGCAAUAUCUAGUUGGUAUAGAAAAGACACAUAUAUGAAGACAUAUUCUCAUUUCAUUCAACCAGUCCCAAACAUGGAAAUGUGGCCUGAAAGUAGAAAGCCAAUGGUUGAACCACCUGAGGCAAGACAAAUGCCUGGUAGGCCACCAAAGAACAGAAGAAGAGAAACUUGUGAAUCCACCACUGGAAAAAGAGGGGUAGAGGUCAUUAUGAAAGAACAAGCACCAGUAAAACUGGUACAAGAAGAGGUGCAUGAAGUGGUUACAAGAAGAGGCCUAAUGUUGUUGGACAAGGUGUAUUUGUUGCUGAUACUGGAUAUACGUCAAGGAUUGUCUAGCAGAAGGAGGGUUAAUACUGCUGUCGUAAGUUCUGCACACGUGACAGGUGAUAUUGAUUUUAAACCUACCAAGGGACUGAAGUGGAAAGGCAAACAGGCCAUGACUCAAAGAGAACUUCAAGUUGAAAGUGUUAUGCGUCGUAUUCAAACCUGGUCAAAAGCUGAUGGCAUUCAAACAAGGUCACAAGCCAAAGGAAAAUCACUCUCAAAGAAAACUUUUUAG